AUGCCCACCGUGGACCUCCAGGAGACCAUACCAUUAACGCCCACGAUGAAAGCCCUGUUCUGCCCGCGGUUACUCCAAGAGAUAUCGGGAAAAUUCUCUUGGCGUCUACCGGAUAAAUUAGACCAUGAUCAGCAUUUGAGGAGAGUCGACGAGUUCCUUCAUUUGAUCAAGCCAAAUUUCGAUGUUCUCCCAACUAACCAGAAGAACUCUUUGCGAAGUUUCCUGUAUCUGUUCUCUGGGAUUAUCGGCAGCACUAACGUAAUGGUGAAAUCUAUGGAUAUAUCUAUUGGUUCCGAGUUGACUAUCGGCGCUGGUACCGGUAGCUCGGCCUCGUUCGCUGUUUGCCUAGCAGGUGCUUUGAUACAAUUGUUGAAAUUGAAGAGUUCGCACAGCUAUGAUGCCUAUUACGAUGAAGAUUUCUCAAUGACAGAGAAGGAACUAAUAUCGGAGUGGGCGUAUAAUUGUGAGAAGAUCAUGCAUGGAACUCCUUCUGGUAUCGACAACGCAGCUUGCACAUUCGGUUCGAUGAUAUCCUUCAAGAAAGGUCACAAGCCCAGGCAUAUAGACACGAGGUUGAACUUGCGUAUACUACUGGUGGAUACGCGUGUGACUCGUGAAACCAAAGUUCUAGUAGCGAAAGUGGCCUCCGUCAGACAAAGAAACACAGCCGCUAUGGACCACAUAUUGGAGGCAUGUGAUCAUCUCGCUAACACCGCCAUGCAGGUUUUAGUAAAACUUUCAAAUGGCAAAUGCGAUUCCGAUAUGGAAUCUGAUUACCAGCACUUAGCAGAGCUGUGGGACAUGAACCAUUGGCUGCUUGGCGCGAUGGGAGUAUCACAUCCAGCGUUGGAAACUAUACGUGCGGCGGCGCGAGCGCGCGGACUCGCGUGUAAAUUGACCGGCGCGGGCGGUGGAGGUUACGCGAUGGUUUUAAUCCCACCUUCUACUCAUCGUUCCACUGUGGACGGAUUGUCCAGCCAUUUACUAGAACACGGGUUCAGAGUAACGGAGACUACGCUUGGUGGUGCCGGAGUAUCAUUAGAGAUGUGACCUGGGCCCCCGCAUAA